AUGAGCGAGGCACCCGCGACGACCGCCGCCGCCGGAGACGACCCUGACGUCACCGCCACCGCCAAUCAGCAGCAGCAGCAGCAGACGCAGGCGCAGCCCGAGACGCAGGACGACGCGGACCAGCUGUCGGAGCUGCGGCAGAUCUUCCGGUCCUUCGACCGCAACAAGGACGGCAGCCUAACGCAGCUGGAGCUGGGCUCCCUCCUUCGCUCCCUCGGCCUCAAGCCCAGCACCGACGAGCUCGACGCCCUCAUCCACCGCGCCGACACCAACUCCAACGGCCUCGUCGAGUUCUCCGAGUUCGUCGCCCUCGUCUCCCCCGAGCUCCUCGACGACCGCUCCCCCUACUCCGAGGACCAGCUCCGCAGGCUCUUCGAGAUCUUCGACCGCGACGGCAACGGCUUCAUCACCGCCGCCGAGCUCGCCCACUCCAUGGCCAAGCUCGGCCACGCGCUCACCGCCAAGGAGCUCACCGGAAUGAUCGAGGAGGCCGACACCGACGGCGACGGCCGGAUAAACUUCCGUGAGUUCUCCCGCGCCAUCACGGCCGCCGCCUUCGACAACGUCUUCUCCUGA